AGUUGGGAAGACGUCACUGAUUAUGUCUCUAGUCAGUGAAGAAUUCCCAGAAGAGGUUCCUCCCCGGGCAGAAGAAAUCACCAUUCCAGCUGAUGUUACCCCUGAGAGAGUUCCAACGCACAUUGUAGAUUACUCAGAAGCAGAACAGAGUGAUGAACAGCUUCAUCAAGAAAUAUCACAGGCUAAUGUCAUCUGCAUAGUUUAUGCUGUUAACAACAAGCAUUCCAUUGAUAAGGUAACAAGUCGAUGGAUUCCUCUCAUAAAUGAAAGAACAGACAAAGACAGCAGGCUGCCUUUGAUACUGGUUGGCAACAAAUCUGACCUGGUGGAAUAUAGCAGUAUGGAGACCAUCCUUCCUAUUAUGAACCAAUACACAGAAAUAGAAACCUGUGUGGAGUGUUCAGCAAAAAACCUGAAGAACAUAUCAGAGCUCUUCUAUUAUGCACAGAAAGCAGUUCUUCAUCCUACAGGGCCCCUGUACUGCCCAGAGGAGAAAGAGAUGAAACCAGCCUGUAUAAAAGCCCUUACUCGUAUAUUCAAAAUAUCCGAUCAAGAUAAUGAUGGUACACUCAAUGAUGCUGAACUCAACUUCUUUCAGAGAAUUUGUUUCAACACUCCCUUAGCCCCUCAAGCUCUGGAAGAUGUCAAAAAUGUGGUCAGAAAACAUAUAAGUGAUGGUGUGGCUGACAGUGGAUUGACGCUGAAAGGUUUUCUUUUUUUACACACACUUUUUAUUCAGAGAGGGAGACAUGAAACUACUUGGACUGUGCUUCGACGAUUUGGUUAUGAUGACGAUCUGGAUUUGACACCUGAAUAUUUAUUCCCCUUGCUAAAAAUACCUCCUGAUUGCACUACUGAAUUAAAUCAUCACGCAUAUUUGUUUCUCCAAAGUACUUUUGAUAAGCAUGAUUUGGAUAGAGACUGUGCUUUGUCACCUGAUGAGCUUAAAGAUUUGUUUAAAGUUUUCCCUUACAUACCUUGGGGGCCAGAUGUGAAUAACACAGUUUGUACAAAUGAAAAAGGCUGGAUAACCUACCAGGGAUUCCUUUCCCAGUGGACGCUCACAACCUAUUUAGAUGUACAGCGGUGCCUGGAGUAUUUGGGUUAUCUAGGUUAUUCAAUAUUGACUGAACAAGAAUCUCAGGCUUCAGCCAUCACAGUAACAAGAGAUAAAAAGAUAGACCUUCAGAAAAAGCAAACUCAAAGAAACGUGUUCCGAUGUAAUGUAAUUGGGAUGAAAAACUGUGGGAAAAGUGGAGUUCUUCAGGCUCUUCUUGGAAGAAACUUAAUGAGGCAGAAGAAAAUUCGCGAUGAUCAUAAAUCAUACUAUGCAAUUAACACUGUUUAUGUCUAUGGACAAGAGAAAUAUUUGUUGUUGCAUGAUAUCUCAGAAUCUGAAUUUUUGACUGAGGCUGAGAUCCUUUGUGAUGUUGUGUGCCUGGUAUAUGAUGUCAGUAACCCUAAAUCCUUUGAAUACUGUGCCAGGAUUUUUAAGCAACACUUUAUGGACAGCAGAAUACCUUGCUUAAUCGUAGCUGCAAAGUCAGACCUGCAUGAAGUUAAACAAGAGUAUAGUAUUUCACCUACUGAUUUCUGCAGGAAACACAAAAUGCCUCCACCACAAGCCUUCACUUGCAAUACUGCUGAUGCACCCAGUAAAGAUAUCUUUGUUAAAUUGACAACGAUGGCCAUGUACCCAGAGGAUCAUUACAAAGACAGACUCUACCGAGACAUGGGCAACACUGAUAGAAUAGAGAAUUUGAGAAAAAUCUGGGUCUUUCUAAAAACUGCUUUCCAUGCCCGGUUACGCUGUAUGUGCACCUGCAACAGGUGUACCUUUUGCAUCUGUCAGAGCUUCCUCAACUCAGACUUGCUGCAAUCUGUAAAGAACAAAAUCUUCACUGCAGUUCUUAACAGUUUUAGUUCUGCCCUUUAGAACAACAUACGACUAUUCUACUCCCUCUUCAACAUAGCAAUCCUUCAGACAUUUGAAGACGGCCAUCAUGUCUCCCCUAAUUUUCUCUUCUCCAGGUAGAACAUCCCCAUUUCUUUCAGCUGUUUCUUAACUUACUCGGUUUAGUGACCUCAUCAUUUCUCGUUUUCCUCAUCUGAAAGCCCCUUAGGUGUUCAGAGUACCUCUUUACAAGUGCCCCUGAGAAUGGAGAAUGGUGCUUCAAGUGUAAUCUGACUUUGCAUAACGGUGGGCAGUCAUGUUCCACAGUUAGGACAGCACCUGUCUACUGCAUGAACUCACUGUGUAGAAGCCCCAACCCACUGUGGAUGUGUAUUAAUCUUGGGGUUAAUUGAAAUCAGAUUUUUUUCAUGUGAAGUGUUAUUAAAGCAGUGUACCCUCCUCUCUAAUUGUCUUUGACAUUUUUAGUUGACUCUCUGAAUCUAACUGCAGAUACAUAUAUAUCUCUAUUAAAUGUCAUAUUCUUUUCGGUCCAUUUGUUCUAGCUCAGUCAUUUCAGACAUUGUUUCUGUCAUUUGUCCCAUUAUAUAUCUUUCUCAGCAUUGUGUUAUUUGCAAAUUUGGUAGCUAUGUUUUUUAUCUUUCAAGUUAGUGAUAAAAAGUAAUGUUAAAUACCAAGCGAUUAGAGAGUGAGGUCGCUCAAGCAAGCAAACCCUUUAGUGCUCUACUAGAGAACUCUUUUCCCAGUGACACAGAUUCAGAAUUUUGGGGGAAAGAUUAUUCUGCCAGUUAAAAAUAUUUCAUUAUCCAGCCCAUGUUUUACCUUGUUAUCUUACAGGAAAUUUCAUGGAGAGCUCUUUUGAAAUCGUUACAAUUUCUACCACAUUCCUCUGAUCAACCAAUGUGUUAAUUUUAUAUAAGUAGAAAGUGACAUCUACUUGGUGUCUUAUUCUUGAUGAACUUACCCUGGCUCCUAAUAAUUGCUGAUCAUAAACCAUCUGUUUCCUUCUAGAAGUUCUCGAUUGUACAUAAUUGCAGAUUGAUUUGUUGUCUGCAUCUUCAGUGACAAUUUUAGUUUUAGGUUGGUUUAGUCAGCUUCCCAGUGAAAGAGGUUGGGUGUGCAUUAAUGGAUGAGAUUGCUUAUCAUAAAUUCUCUGUAUAGUGAUCCUUGAAGAACAAUCAGUACAUUUUAUCAUGCCUACUUAUAAACUAGAAAUAAUUUAAUGGUAAUGUCAGCAUACAUCACUGACAUGUGGUAAUCAAGAAGGGAAAGAUUGAAAAAGACGAGGAGGGGAACCCAUGUACUUUUCAAAGAACUCCUUCCUCUUCCCUGGUAGGUAUUUCACUAAUUUAUUUUCUAGAAGUCCAGUGGAAAUUUAUGAGUUCCAUAUUGAAUUUUCUAAUUCACAAAAGGAUUGUUAGAUGCAGGUAGGCGAGGGUGGAAGCCAAAAAUGGAAAUGCCUACAGGGCCUGGAUGGAUAAUAUUAAUGAAAGAAGGUGGCCAAGGAGAAGUAAGAGGUGGGGACAAUGACAGGUCCUGUCUGAAAGAGGCAGCCGUGUCUCAGCUCCAGCUAUUGGUCGUUGUCCAAGUGUGGUAUUGCCAGGACUUCCGAUUCUCUGACAUCAGAUGUCAGGAUUUUUAUGUGAAAAUUUCUGCUAUUUAAAUGAAAGCAAUGAAAUUUUAAAAAUUCAAAGUAUUAAUCAGAACAAAGAAAACAUGUUUAUAGGCCACCAGUUUGUAACUUCAGUCUUAAGACAUAGCCUAGAGUUGUGAAAAUGCAGACCAAAAAAAAAAAGUACACCUAAGGAAUGAAAAUUUCUUUUACAAACACCCCCCACAUACAGUUUUACUCCUUUCUCUUUAAAAACUUGAAAAAGUAAUCUCAUUGGUGGAGUGAGAAUGGAACCACUUUCUUCACCAUUGGUUUGCUGUGCCAGGUAUAUCUUAAUAUUACAUAAAUGGAAAAAGAUUUAGUAAUUGAGUAAAAGUCAUACAAGGAUUUUUUACUUUUCAUUCAAUAGGGAGGAUUUCUUACUCAAUAAGCCUUAGGUCUUUGGUUUUAGAAAUCUUCUGUGCCUAGCAUUUGGUUUAGAAGUGUAAAUGAGCAAUUUAAAAUUUUUCCUUUAAGCCAAAAAUUUUGUUAAAUGUCUGCAAAGAAAUUAAUAAACAAAUAUUGGUAUAUGCAUGCUGUUCUCAAGUUAGUACAUUGUUUUAAUGUGCUCAUAAAAAUGUUGAUCACCAAACUAGAAAUUACUUCCAGAUAAUAUGUGUUUGGGCCCACAUCCUCCCCUUAUGUCAUUCUCCCACCACUUUGAUUUAUUCAUUCAAGUACUUAAAUACCUGCGUUAGAUAGGAUCCUGCUGUGAGCUGGGGUGAAAUUUCAUACAAAUAUGAAAAUCUAGACAUGUAUUUAAAUACCUUUCUAAAUAUUAUGUUAAAAUUUUUUAAACUUUGAUUAUAUUUUCAGUGACCUUAGUGCCUUAUGCUAACAAAACCUGAUCUGAGAGGAUCUAUGUCAAAUUAAUUAAUUUACACUUAGGCAGUUUCAACAGUUCCAAGAUUUCUGAAAUUGUCCAUGUUUCCCCUGUCUUUGACCAGAAAAAAUUGUCUUUUUUUGUUUUUGUUUUUAGCUAAUUGACCAUCAUGACAUAUUUCAAGUAGAAAGUAGUAAUAAAAAUUUUUUUUCUUUCAACUUUAAUUGAAUGAAUAUUGGUUUCAACAUGUAUGAGAAGUGUUUUAACUACAUAUCUGACGUAUGACUUUGUUCUUUAGUAAUUAUGGUCUCAGCCUUUAGAUCUGGAUAGGUUUAUGUUUUUCUUGAGAACAAUUUAUGAAUAGCUGGAAUUAUUUGAAUUUAAAUACAUUUGGAGGGUGAUUCAUAUGUGGCCAGAUGAUUUCAGUCUUUGGCAAUGCUUUCAUUUCAAUCCAUGCAAAUCACGUUAUUGGAGAAAAAUACCUUGUGAUUAUAUUUUAGUUAUAAAUACCUCUUAAAUCUAAAGGUGUUAAAAUGAACUCUGUAGGAAUGGUCUUGCUUGUUGGUUUGAACUCUCCAGGGUUUUAGUCUAUUAAGCAUUUAUUGUUCUAAUUUCAGCACACUUUGCUUUGCAUGAGGAUGUUGCUCUACUCUAGUGUUCAGUGUACUCUAGUGUGCAGUGUAGUCUAGUGUGCAGUGUAGUCUAGUGUACCAGUGUACUCUAAGUGUACCAGUGUACUCUAGGUGCACCAGUGUACUCUUAAGUGCACCAGUGUGCUCUAGUGUGCAGUGUACUCUAGUGUACCAGUGUGCUCUAGUGUGCAGUGUACCAGUGUACUCUAGUGCACCAGUGUACUCUAAAGUGCACCAGUGUGCUCUAAUAUGCAGUGUACCAGUGUGCUCUAGUGUGCGGUGUACUCUAAGUGCACCAGUGUGCUCUAGUGUGCAGUGUACUCUAAGUGCAGCUCUAGUGUGCAGUGUACUCUAAGUGCACCAGUGUACUCUAGUGUGCCAGUGUACUCUAGUGUGCCAGUGUACUGUAAAUGUACCAGUGUACUCUAAGUGCACCAGUGUACUCUAGUGUGCCAGUGUACUCUAGUGUGCCAGUGUACUGUAAAUGUACCAGUGUACUCUAAGUGUACCAGUGUACUCCAAAUGUACCAGUGUACUCUAGUGUGCCAGUGUACUCUAGUGCACUAGUGUACUCUAAGUGCACCAGUGUACUCUAGCCAGCACUUUAGUUUGUCCCUUCCUUUAGAUGUUCACUUUGACUUGUUUGUCUGUGCCAUCUAGUCAUUUUUUAACUCUUCUUGAUCCUUUUCCCAGCUGUGUUUCAGUGUAUAGUCCUCCCAUUUUUCCUAACCUGUAGCUUAAUCAUAUUGUUUAUUUUACAAUUUAUCGUUUUGGUAUAGUUUUCUUUGAUACAUAUUUUGGUUCUCUUAUUUCUUUGUAUUAUGUGUUUAUUAUUUGAUUAUUUGUUCCUAUUACUUCCUAAGUUUGGUAACAGUAUUUUACUUUAGCAACAAAGUGUGUUGCUCCACACUGAGUAUGAUGGACAGUCAUACCCAUGUAUUUUUUUACUCUGCUUUUUAAUGUAUUUUUAAAAAUUGGAUCCAUGAGACAUUUAUUUUAAUCCAUUCAUUAAUGACUUACUUCAUUUGCCCUUAUUACUUUACUAAUCACCUAAGCUCUUCCACAUUGCUUAAAGUCAUGUUACUUAAUAUAGGAACUCUAUUUUUGAAGAAAGGUGUUUUACAGUUGUCACACCAGAAUGACCUGCCUUUCACAGGAUCGCCUUAUAAAGAGGAUGAUUUCCUAGAAAUCUUAAUGUUACAGAGAUUCCAUCGGGAACAUAAGAGUCCAUAAGAUACUAUGUUACAGUAAAAUACUGUAUUUUAAGGAAGUGCAUCCUGUGUUUUAAUUUCAUAUGAAACUUUUAUAUUUAUAUGAAAGGUCCUUACAAGGCUUUUCUUUGAAUUUGAAUACAUAUACAUGGUCAUACCUUUAAAAUUGCACCAGAGUUGUGUUAUAGAUUCUUGUGAAGUAAGUUGCUGCUGUUUAUAGUUUUAAAAUUUUUUGCCAUUUGAUUAGUAUUUUGAAGGACACCACAGAGUGGAGUUUGCUUAUUCCGACCUUGAUCAGUAGUUAACAUAUAAACUUUAUUUAUUUCCCAUGUAUCUACAGUCAUCUGUGAAUUUUUAUUCCUCUAAUGCUUGGUGAAGCAUUUCUUGACAUUGCACACCUGUGUCCUUUUCCUAAGUUUGUUACUGUUUAGGCAUGCUCAGUUAACAGCUUUCUUAUGAUCUGUGUUGCAGUUCAUCUUUGUUGAACACUAUUCUUAACCUAUUUUGAGAAAUAUUAAAAUAUUUCAUACCUACUAGGUAUGAAUUGUUCAACUAGGAGAAGUGUCAUUAUUAAAAUUAUAAUUAACAGUAAUGGCAUUAUUAUUAGAGAUAAAUAUAAAAAACUACUUCACCAGGAAGAAACAUAAAACAGGGAGGAGAGGAAUAAAAGCAGGGAGAUCCAGAGACAUUUUUGUUUUAAAGUUGAAAAACAAAAGAUUUAACUAUAGUUUCGAUGACCUCAGUGUAAUUUUCAGUUUGAGAUUGCAGAUAGGAAAAAGCUAUGUAUGAUAUCUGUGAACCCUAGUUAACUUUAGGUUACAUGCAUUACAGUUGCAUAGACUGUUUCAGAGUAUUAACUUAAAAAUGCAUACCUGAGAUACAUGUAUGGGAAGAAUUAUAAAACUAGGAAACCAUUCAUUUUUAGUGCCUUUGCACACCUCGGAGUUGUGUUUGGGAAGGGUGAAGUGGUGAGAUAGAAGAAUAAAAAAUAGGAAGUUCAAAUUUAUUUCUGAGAAGUUGUAUGGGAGGACUGAUAAAAGUGACUGGGCGGUACUCUUCCACAGUCUCCUAGCUUCACUGCUUUUGAGUAUGUACUAUUGAGCUUUUCUUUCCUCUGCAUAAUAGCCUGCAGUCUAAGGCUAGAUUAGUUGAUAGCUGGACCUUUCUGAAUUCUCCUCUUGCCUCAGAUUCUAAUUUUUGCAGACAUUUAGGUCUCUGCAGUACAGGUAUACCUUAUUUUAUUGUGCUGUGCUUUAUUGUGCUUCAAAGAUACUGUGGUUUUUACAAAUUGAAGGCUUGUGGUAACUGCAUUUUCAGAUGAUCGUUAGCAUUUUUUUAGCGAUAUUUAUAGUAUUUUUAAAUUAAGUAUGUGUAUGGUUGUUUUUUUAGUGAUAAUGCUAUUGCACACUUAAUAGACUACAGUAUAGCAGAGACAUAAUUUUCUAUGCACUGGGAAACCAAACAGUUGAUCUGACUCACUUUAUUGCAAUACUCAGUUUAUUACAGUGUUCUGGAACUGAACUCAUAAUAUCUCUGAGGUAUGCCUGUAUAGUUUUUAUACCUCAUAUAUAAAGUCUUGUAACACAUUAUAGAGAACAAAAUUAAAAAUACCUAUUUGGGAAUAGCUGGAAUAGGUUUAGUUCCAUUGAGCCCUUUAUAAAGGAUUUGAUUAUUUUAUGAUUCUGAACAUUGCAAUUGAUAACAUUCCCUUUAUUAUUGGUUAAAUACACUGAACCCCAUAAAGAUUUUAGUUAAUAUUCUUAUAUUUAUUGUAAAUUGCAGAGUUAAUCAGAGCAUGUUGUAUGCCUUCUUUAAGGCAUUCUUUGUAAAGGUACAUAGCAAUUUUGGUCUGUUACACACCUUCUGCGACCUUCACACAGGUUUUAAUUUACCUCUUUAUUGCCUGAAUUUUGGAAACAUUUCCUUCUUUCUGCUUUAUUAAGUAGCAGCCUUAAUAAUACCCAGGUCCAAACUUGUUGGUUUGCUUCCACACUUGGGUCAAAGAGCGCUUGUUAUCUGACUGAUGUAUGGGCCCAGAGCACUUUUAAGCCAGAAAGCCAGCAUUCAGGACACAGGGAUUCUCUGCCUAAGAACUCAAAAGCUGUAGCAAGCUUCAUACAAUUAAUUAAGGUUAUAUUUUACCACUUAGUCAUUAUUUCUUACGUUGUGAAAAGAGAUACUGCUGAACCUAAAUUAUUUUAUUCCACAUACAAUAGAGAAAUGUGUGAUUCUGGUAUAUCAAUAGAUUGGAAAAAAAGAACUUUUUUACACACACACACACACAUUUUUGACCCUGUAAUUUUCAUUUUGGGGAAGUCUGUGUUAAGGAAACCUUUAAAUGUAGUGAAAAAUCUUAUGUAAAAUAGCGUUUAUCACUUAAGUUACAGAUAUCUGUAAAUGGAGAUAACCGCCAAUAAAAAUAUAAUGCAUCUAUUUAAAAGGAUGUUUCUAUAAUUCAUGGAAAAGACCUUAUGUAAUAUAUUUAAAGGAUAUAAAAUAUAUAAAUUAUAUGCAUUGUGCUUGCAGCUAUGUAAGAAAUACAUUUUAAAAAGUCUAAAAGGAAAUACCACAAAUUUCAUUUAGUUGCCUUAGGUGACUCUAAGUGAUUUUUUUCCUUCCUACUUUCAUUUUCUCAUAUAAUGUGCUUAUAUUACUUUUUUAAUAGCCAGAAAAACUUAAGAAAAAAUAUACAAUAAGACAUUAUAAUUUAUUCCAAGAUAUUUUAUAUGAGUCAUUUGGAAAGAAUUGUGGAAGAAUUGCUUUUUGCUUGAGUUUAGACAUGAAUUAGGGAGCAGCUUUUUGAAACUAUUACUCUGCUUCUGCUUGAGACCUGAAAUGACAAGCAUGGCUCAGUUCUUCACACUUAUGGGGUACAAUUAAGAUCACACUCUUGUCUAUUCAGGUGUUGUUAGGCAGACAAUGCAAAUGUUCCUUCCAUUAUAAAUGUGUUUUCCUUAUAAAUAGAGCCUGGUUAAUGUAGCUUUUAAAUGCAUAUGGUAAAAGUGUAAAAUAAUUCUCUAAGUAGCUUUCUGUCUAAAAAGUAGUUUUCCAUGUCUAAAAGUAUCUUAAACAUCUACUGUAACAUCAGUGGAGUCAUUGAAAUAUACUUUAUGAGUUAAUGGUGGCCUUGAGAUUUAAACUAGCUGUAUAUUGAGCAUGUAUCUAUAUUGUUUCUCAUCUAUAAAUAUGAAGCACUGUUUUGCCUAUUGAAGGCUGUACUAUAGCUUAGGGAAAAGUAAUAAUUACUGUCUGGAAAUGCAAAAGAAAGCUAAGCAAUAAAGUCAGGCAGAAUAUAUUAUUUCAUGAAUGGUACUACUUCUCAAAAUACAACAAAAGGAGAGGCUUCCCCAGUGGUUGGUUCAGUGGUUAAGACUCCCUUGCUUCUACUGCAGGGGUUGUGGGUUUGAUCCCUGGAUGGAGAACUAAGAUCCCGCAUGCCACACAGUGUAGAAAAAAAAAAAAGCCACACAACCACAGCAAUAGCAAAGGGAGUUAGCUGUGCUAACAGAUUCCAUACUUGAAGCAUAUUUAUGGGAAACUAUUUUCACUGAUUUUAAUGUCACUAUAGCUAACAUUAAUCCUAACCCCGUUUUACACUUACUUUAUAAUUAAGUGUAAAAAAAAAAUUAAGUGUAAAAAUAUUUUCUGUUAGUGAAGACGCAUGAAAAUCAGAGAGACCGAAGCCGAAGCAGAACUCUGAUGCUCUUUGAGCCCAUGUUCUCACUUUCAGUCCUCUGCGUCUCUGCUGACUUGGAGUUGUAAACUUUGAAACUCUCGUCAUAGGACCAUGACAGUCAGAGUUUGGGAUGUUUUACUCUUUUUUUUUUUUUUUUU